AUGAGAAUAACAUCAAUAGAACCUGAACUUCGUCGAUUUUUUCAAUGGUAUGGUGAAUUUGGUUAUCAGUGGCGAUGGUUCCUAAUCAUGUUUCCAUUGAUCAUAACUGCACUAUUAUCACUUGGUUUUUGUCGCCUUACUGCUUUAACUAUUGAUGAUCCUUUUUAUGUUUUCACUCCAGUAUAUGCCAGGUGGCAUCAAGAAUUUGACACGUUCGCUUCACUAUGGCCAUUGAAUGAAAACAAAUUUCUGCCGGGUAAAUCGUUUGAAAUGAAGCGAUUUAUAAAUGUACUAGUAAAAGCCAAAGAUGGAGGAAAUUUGUUGAGAGAGGAAAUAUUAGAUGAAAUACAAGGACUGAAUCAGUGGAUUAUGUUUAAUAUUAGCAUACCAACAACUGAUGGCAAGUAUAAUCUCACAUAUCAGGAUUUAUGUCUUAGCUAUGAAUGGAUAUGUGGAACAAAUGAACAUAUUUCGAUGUUACAAGAAAGGAUGAAAGUUGGCAAUUUUGUGGAAUUAACAUACCCUCGAGCUGGCAGUAAGUUUCAAGUUCUGAUGAAUAAUGAAAUCAAAUUUUCGGACACGCCUGUUUAUCUGGGAACAGUACUAAGUGAUGUGACUUUAAACGAAUCGAAUGGUACUAUAAAAGCAGCAAAACUGACUCAACUCUUCUAUUUCUUGAAGCAAGAAGCGCAUAUUGUUCGUCGUUACUCAACCGCAUUCUCAUAUGCUGUUGAGCAUUACUUAUUGCAUAAUUAUAAAAGUGAUAUUAUUUCACUUUCAUUCUCACAUUACCAUUCAUUACAGGACGGUUUAGCUGAGAAUGCAAAAGACUUCACUUGGAAUUUCCUUACUAGCUUCUCGUUACUCUGCAUUUAUGCUACCAUAUUUUCAUACGUCCUCAAAAAACAUCCAAGAACAAGCAUCGACUGGAUUCGUAGUAAGCCGUAUGUUGCGUGUGCAGGACUUAUUACAACAUUACUGGCAAUGUGCAGUGGUUUUGGGCUUGCGCUGAUGUUAAACAUACCGUACAAUGUAAUCAACACAAUUAUACCAUUCCUUAUUAUCGCAAUCGGAGUGGAUGAUAUGUUUGUAAUGAAUGCUUGUUGGAAUCAAACAGAUCAGACAGAUACUGUAUCAAAAAGAAUGAGUAAUAUGAUGGCUCAUGCAGGGGUCACUAUAUCUAUCACAAAUAUCACUGAUAUAUUAUCAUUUGCCGUAGGCUGUCAUAGCGAAUUACCGGGAAUUCAGUUCUUCUGCAGCUAUGCCUGUAUCACAUUCAUCUUUUGCUAUUUGUAUCAAUUUACAUUUUUUAUGGCAUUUCUUGCCAUAAUGGGCUCUGUGGAAAUGAAUCAACGACACUGCCUACUUUUCUACAAAGCUGACGAACAAUGCGUCAAAAAAGAAAUGAUUAACAGUGCUCGAUUCUGUAAUUCAAGGAAUGACUACGAUAAUAGUUUGCAGUGUUCGUCAACUGACAGCGGAUCUGAUAUAUCAUAUCGCUCUGGUAUCAGCACUCAGUCAAAUGGCAGUUCUUUGAAAACUGCCAUUAAAACUCUUAGUUUGAUUAUUGCUGUUGACGAACUAUGUAAUCAAAAACCAACUGAAAUGGUUGAUACUGAUAACAACUGCAUCACUGAAGGACUGUAUAUCACAACAAUAUCUCAGUUAAAAACUCAACCAAUCGAGAAGAAAAAGAAUACGUGGACACAAUAUUUCUUUGGUCAUAUUUAUGCUCAGUUUAUACUGCGCAAAGAAUGUGCUAUUUUAACUUACAUCUUCUAUUUUAUAUAUAUUGCUGUUGCUGUGAUCGGAUGUUUAAAUUAUUCGGAAGGAUUGGAACCAGAGAAUUUGGUUACAAAUAAUCAUUACACCUCUCAUUAUUUCGCAGAUUUGAAAAAUUUCUGGGUACGAGGUACUCAACUUCAUGUUGCUGUACUACAUCCUCCAAAUCUUACUGAUCCUAUUCAAAGAGAAAAAAUGAUGGCUGUAGUACAAGCAUUUGAGAAUACGGAAUACACAUUAGGUAGAGAUGGAACAAUUUUUUUCUUUCUGGAAUAUUUAAAUUACCUUGAUGAAGUCAACGCUGAACUGGAAAAUACGGAACGGAUUUGGAACACAAAAUUGCUAAGUUGGUUAAAAUAUACUGGAGGAAGUAAUCAGUGGGCAACAGAUAUCCACUUUAACGAGAAUGGUACUUUUCAAGCAUUUCGAUUUCAGGUAGCAAUGCAAAAUACUGUUAGCGCAAAUCAGCACAAAAAUGCCGCUCAAAAAUUACGUGAAAUAGCUGAUCGGCAACCAUUUAAAAUCGAAGUAUUUCAUGAAACGUUUCCGUUUGCUGAUCAAUAUAUAAUUAUUGUCCCAUCAACCAUUCGCAGUAUCAUUAUAUCGCUAAUCUGUAUGGCUACUGUGGCUGCAACAUUAGUACCUAGUCUAGCUCCAUGUACUUUAAUAAUCAUCUCUAUAAUAUCAAUUAAUACGGGUAUAUUUGGAUAUAUGACAUUCUGGGGUGUUCAUUUGGAUGCCGUAUCAAUGAUUUCCAUCAUUAUGAGUAUUGGUUUCGCUGUUGAUUUAUCAUCUCAUAUCACAUAUGCGUUUGUUAUGGCAACUGGCUCAUCAAAAGAACGAGUUAUUCAUGCUCUCGAAUCACUUGGAUGGCCCAUUUUUCAGGGUGCAGCAUCUACAAUCGCUGGUGUAUCUGUCCUCUAUACGGUCAAUGCAUAUAUUAUUUUAACAUUUUUUAAGACAAUUUGGCUUACAAUGGUCAUUGGAUUAUUACAUGGAUUAUUGUUUAUCCCAACUACUCUUAGUUUUUUCCCUUUGUCAUCUUUUCUUUGCAGCAAAAAGUUGUAG